UUGUCCCAAAGAAGCCAUAAUUGGAAUUUUUUCUUUUAAAAUAGUGGAAAUAUUAAUCCAUUUAUGAUUUUACAGACUCCUUAAAAGUAGGCGUUUCAAUUAGAUGAUUUACAUUCUCUGCGCAUUAUUAUACUUUCCAACAUCUAACUAACGAUUUCAAAAGCUGUAGAACACAGAAACUGUGUAUCAAUAAGCGCUUCUCAUUUGGUUGUUUUUUGAAUGCUUUUGGGUCUUAGCGAAAUUCUUCCAUUACUUCAUUAUACUCUGUAUGAUAAAAAUUUCUGAAGAAAGUCAAAAGAUUUUUUUCUAUAAAUAACAUCUCAAAGACAAUCACAUCAAUUAGAUUAACGAAGGAACAAAUGCUUCUCUGGGAAAUUUUCCGUCUGAAAAAUGAGAAGAUAAAGGAUUCUCUGUAACUGUAAGGCAUAGCUGAUUUGUUCCAUUCGAACAGGAAAAAACAUCUCUAAUCAGUGGAGGAUGAAUAGUGUGACGUCAAUAUUGGUGUUGCAUUGUUCACCUACGCGAUUUUUUUUGUCUCAAUCGGAUUUGCUGAAGAAAUGCGUGAAAAAUGAGAAAGACGGUUAUCUUCACAGAAGCGCGCAAAAUGGAGUUCUAUUGGAGAUGAAUGAUGACAUUUUUGAGUUUCACUGCAUUUUUUAAUGAAAAAUGAGAUUUUCGGUUGGACAUGCCCUAAAAUCAUCUGCAGCCGAAAACUUCAUUUUACACUCUAAAAUAUAGUAAUACUCUAAAAUGUUGUAAUUCAUCUCCAACCGAACUUUAUUUUUAACUUUAAAAAGUAUAUUCUUUUCUACAACCAGAAGAAAUGAAAAAAAAAUGGCGUACGUGAAUAGUGCGACAUCAAUAUUGAGACCGCACUGUUCACCUAGCAUAAAAUGGCACUGAAUUUGGCAUUUGGUUGGAGCUCUAUGGCCAUUGCAAACGCUCGCUUGGGGUUCGGUUCGAGACGCCCUAAUGGAAUUUCUUCAUUAUUUUGUAAUUUUCCUUCUAUUUCCAUGGAAUGCUAAGCACUUCUUUACCUCUCCAGCAGGGUUUCUACGUGUGCAUUGUGACUACUUAUUGUGAGGGAGGUGACAUGGCUGCCAAAAUAAAGAAGGCAAGAGGAUCACUCUUUUCUGAAGAGAGAAUAUGCAAAUGGCUGACCCAGCUGCUUCUAGCAGUUGAUUAUCUGCAUUCAAAUCGUGUUCUACAUAGAGAUCUUAAGUGCUCAAAUAUAUUCCUCACAAAGGAUGGUGAUGUCCGGUUAGGUGACUUUGGACUUGCAAAGUUGCUUCAUUCAGAAGACCUCACUUCCUCGAUUGUAGGAACUCCAAACUAUAUGUGUCCUGAGAUCCUGGCAGAUAUACCUUAUGGCUAUAAAUCAGAUAUUUGGUCAUUAGGUUGUUGUAUUUUUGAAAUUUCAGCACAUCAAACAGCUUUCAGAGCUCCAGACAUGGCAGGACUGAUAAACAAAAUAAAUAGAUCAUCUAUAUCUCCAAUGCCAACCAAAUACUCAUCGUCACUUAAGAGAUUGAUCAAAAGCAUGUUGAGAAAGAAUCCAGAACAUAGACCAACGGCCGCAGAGCUGUUGAGGGAUAACUACUUGCAGCCAUAUCUCGCUAAAGCCUGCAAUCCUUCUUCAUUCUUCCUUCCAAUAAAGCCUACCAUGAAAACAUCGCCAGAGAAACACGGCAAAAGGCAAAGUGAUGAAAAACCACUUUUUACAAAAGCCAGUAGAAGAAAUGAGACAGAUAUAAGUUCUUCAGAGACGCCUGCGAUGGAAUUAGUACUAAGAACUCAAGAUAAAACAACAAAUAAUGUCGAAAUGGAGUCAACUCUUGUAGUGCCCAUGCUUCCUGGCACGGAGCUAAAACAAAGGAAAUCAAAUAAUGAUCAGAAAAUAAUAGAAAAUUUUGAUUCCAAAGAGCAAAACAAGGCAGAAAAACUCCUGAGAAGAGGAGAUGAAAGCUCAGAUGGAGCUACUUUACCACAUCUGCAAAGAACAAAGACUGAAUUAGAUGAGAUGGGAGGGGUCACAGAAGAAGCAUCAUCAGCGAGCACACUAACUAUUGUACACGCAGAUAGCACACAGGCUGAGUGGGAAAACUUGAAUGUGAUCCAACAAAGAGCUGAUGCUUUGGAGUCUUUACUGGAGCUAUGUGCUCAGCUUUUGCAGCAAGAGAGGUUGGAUGAACUUGCUGGAGUUCUAAGGCCAUUUGGGGAGGAAGCAGUUUCCUCAAGAGAAACAGCAAUCUGGCUUACAAAAAGUCUUAUCUCUAAUGCCAAAUUUGACAGGGAGGCUAAAAUCCAGUAAGAGAGCCUUGGAAUUACAAUUAUCUGCUGCGAUAAGAACUCCUUUAAGAAGUUUUUGUGUGCGGUUAUCUUGUAUUUAGCUUUUUUGUUCUUUGAACAGAUAAUGAAACAAAGAAAUUUUCCCCAGUA